AAAAAGUCGGGAUUCAGCUACAGAACACGACAACGCAUCUGCAUCAGCCCAGGCCCAGAGAUCACAAGCAUCUGUAAGAGGCCGCACAGUAUCAUUGCACUCAGACAUACCCAUGGCCGACACCGAUAUGAGUGACGCGAUACGGCCUGAGCAUGUUGUGCCGAAAAUAGACUACACCAUCACUGAAUUGGAUGGCGUUACGUAUAAUACCCAGGAGCGCGUCUAUAAGGAUGUGCCUGCGCCGGCAACGACUAUCCCUACAGAUGAGGAAUUCUUUGAUGCCAACGCGCCAGAGGGUGUCAAGCGACCUGAUAUCGUCUUCCUCAAGGACCACUUGACGCGCGAAGGACGGCUCAGCGAAGAACAUGCGCUUUGGAUUCUCAAGGCCGGCACGGAGAUCUUGUCUCGUGAGCCUAACAUGCUUGAUGUUGACGCGCCCAUCACGGUGUGUGGCGAUGUGCAUGGUCAGUUCUACGACUUGAUGAAGCUGUUUGAGGUUGGUGGUAACCCAGCAGAGACACGUUACUUGUUUCUAGGUGACUACGUCGACCGCGGGUACUUCUCCAUCGAGUGCGUGCUAUACCUCUGGUCACUCAAGAUUUGGUAUCCCGAUACACUCUGGCUCUUGCGUGGUAACCAUGAGUGUCGCCAUUUAACAGACUACUUCACAUUCAAGCUGGAGUGCAAGCACAAGUACUCCGAAAAAGUCUACGAUGCCUGCAUGGACUCAUUCUGCGCGCUGCCCCUCGCAGCACUGAUGAAUAAGCAGUUUUUGUGCAUUCAUGGAGGCCUCUCGCCAGAGCUCAAUACUCUUGCUGAUUUUGCUUCUAUUGACCGAUUCAGAGAGCCGCCAACGCAUGGCAUCAUGUGUGACCUGCUAUGGAGUGAUCCACUCGAAGACUUUGGCAACGAACGCAACAAUGAGUUCUUUGUUCACAAUCACGUCCGUGGCUGCUCCUACUUCUUCAGCUACGCAGCAGCCUGUCAAUUCCUCGAACGCAACAACUUACUUUCGAUUAUCCGCGCGCAUGAAGCGCAAGAUCAAGGAUAUCGCAUGUAUCGUAAAACCCGCACGACGGGCUUUCCCUCUGUCAUGACCAUCUUUUCAGCACCCAAUUAUCUGGAUGUGUACAACAACAAAGCAGCUGUUCUCAAGUAUGAGAACAAUGUCAUGAAUAUUCGGCAAUUCAACUGUACGCCGCAUCCGUACUGGUUGCCAAACUUCAUGGAUGUCUUUACCUGGUCUCUCCCUUUUGUUGGGGAGAAGGUGACGGAUAUGUUGAUUUCAUUGUUGAGUAUUUGUUCAAAGGAGGAACUUGACGACGAAGUCGGUCCCCCAAGUGACACGCCCUUGACACCGCCAGCAGGUGCGGUAGAGACGGAAGCGGAGAUUCGACGUAAAGUUAUCAAGAACAAGAUUCUUGCCAUUGGUCGCAUCUCGCGCGUCUUUCAGGUACUGCGCGAGGAGAGCGAGAGUGUGUCUGAGCUCAAGACUGUUUCUGGCAGUACGAGACUACCGCCCGGUACGCUGAUGCUUGGACCUCAUGGCUUGAAGGAAGCCAUUACGACGUUUGAGGAUGCACGGCAGUUUGAUAUCCAGAAUGAGCGCUUGCCGCCAUCCAAGGAGGUCUGUGAACAGAUGGAGCACGAUGCACAUGAGCGCAAUCUAUCUGAAGCCAUGAACAAGCAGGAUCCACGGAUGGAGGCGAUUGCGAAGCGGUUGGCAUGAGGAUGGGAGAGCGCAUCUACUUAGCUGACUAGGGAGCCAGGUAGCUAAUGAGGGGAUCACGUAGCAAUGCGUCGCACAACACCACCAGGUCCAUAGUCCUAGUCCAACAACCGUGAGCAGG